AGAGAGAGAGAGAGAGAGAGCUAAAGCUCUAAGCUCUUGAUAAUGGCUUCUCUAUUACCAUGUAAAUGGCCAUUAAACAAAAUCUCUUAUUCUUCUCCGUCUCCAACUACAAAUUCUCCUCCUGUCUUCUUCACAUUUCGUUUUUCUUCAUUAAGACGACACCGUCUCACCACUCUUGCUUGUUAUGAUUCAUUGGAUGAUUCUAGUUCAGGUUCAAAUGCAAGAAAGUCAACAAAUUUACAUAUUUCGCCUUCCGAGAAACGGAGCAGCAGAAUUGGCAUUGAUGCAAAAAACGAUAUCGUCUUUGGAUCUCAAAAGAGACGAAUUCCAAGUUUAAAGGCCUUGUUUGGAAGGAAAUCUUUGUGGAAAAGGAUUGUGUUUGCCUCCACCAAAGUUAGAAGCAUUAUUUUGCUUAAUGUCAUCACUGUUGUCUAUGCUAGCAACAUUCCAGUUGUCAAAGAAGUUGAAGCAAUCAUGGAUCCAGCUACAUUUACUGUUGUACGAUUUGCUGUAUCUGCUAUUCCAUUCAUCCCAUUUGUAUUUCAAGCUCGGGGUGAUGUGAAAACCCGUAAUGCAGGGAUAGAGUUGGGUUUCUGGGUUAGUUUAGGCUACCUAACACAGGCGCUUGGACUGAUGACAUCUGAUGCUGGUCGUGCGUCCUUCAUAUCUAUGUUCACUGUAAUUUUGGUUCCAUUGCUUGAUGGUAUGUUAGGAGCAGUAGUUCCUGCCCGUACCUGGUUUGGAGCUCUCAUGUCCAUAAUAGGAGUUGCAAUGUUGGAAUUCAGUGGUUCUCCUCCUAAUAUCGGGGAUCUCUUGAACUUCUUAAGUGCGGUGUUUUUUGGUAUCCAUAUGCUUAGAACUGAACACAUAUCAAGAAGCACAAAUGAAAAGAACUUCUUACCUCUUCUUGGAUACGAGGUCUGCGUUGUUGCUUGCUUCUCAACAUUAUGGUAUUUUAUUGAAGGCGGGUUUGAUGGCAUUCAAGCUUGUGAUCCAUCAUCCUGGACAUGGACAAUGGUUUGGCAUUGGAUAGUUACUUUUCCAUGGAUACCAGCACUUUAUACAGGAGUAUUCUCAACAGGGUUAUGCCUGUGGAUAGAGAUGACUGCCAUGUGUGAUGUAUCUGCGACAGAAACUGCAAUAAUUUAUGGGCUGGAACCAGUGUGGGGUGCUGCUUUUGCGUGGUUUCUCCUUGGAGAAAGGUGGGGUACUGCUGGCUGGAUUGGGGCUACUCUUGUACUUGUUGGAAGCCUGACAGUACAGAUAUUUGGAUCUUCAUCCCCUGGCGGGUCUGUGGAAAAUGAAGGGAAAAGUGAGAAAGUGGAUCGCCUUCUGGUUCCAGAUAAGCAAAAUGGUUUCUCUACCUCCCCGGUUCCGGUCAGUUAUAGGAAGGAUGUUACUGAUAUGUUGAAGAAGUAAGGCACAUUGCAUUGCAUCCCUUUCUUCUCCAAAUUGAUGAUAAGUUUCUUUAUUAUUAUUAUUAUUAUUUUUGGUAUCACCUUGUAAUUACUUAUAGCAACAGAAAUCAGCCAUAGUCAUAAGCUGGUAGAAGCCCGAAGCAAGGCCCUAACAUGUAUAUAUAUAUUAUAUUUUUUGUUCAUAAAUACUCAUUUAUAGAGUAAAUAAUACAAGAAGAGGAAGAGCCUACUGCUCUCGUCUCUCUUCAUCUGAUUUUCCUA